GCCAAAACGGCAUGCUGGGGUGCGCGCGCGUGGGGAGCUUAUAAACUUCUCGGAGUGAGGAUGCACUAAUCCAGUGGGACGCAACAAAUAGACCCGGGCACUCGAAAGAUGGUAUACUUUAACGCAAACCUACCCAGUCAAGUAAAAAUGGCAUCCAAUGAUAGCUGUCUAAAUACAAAGCCUGUCCUUAGUUUCUCCAUAGAAAGAAUACUACAUGGACAUUUUAAGACCGAGCGAGAGAGUUUGAAGAAGAGUCGUGUCCAAAGAAUUGGUAGCAACGGAAUGACCAUACCAAAAUUUAACUGGUUAGAAUAUACCAGAUAUAAUCCGCCCAAAUUACCAAGUGAGUACUGUGACGUUAGACAUUCAGUUCGUCUGCUUUACUAUUACAUGGAUAGAUAGACUAGACUAGACUAUAGUUAGUGUCUAUUAUUAGUAGUGGACUGCUUAUUGUCCAAGCAGUCAUGCAUUUCAAAUUUUUACAAGAAUAGCCGAAAUUACCAAGUUAGGGUUAACUGCUGCAACUUUGCACGCCAAUGGGCAAUGGACCAUAUAUUGGCGGAUUCUGCAGAAACGCAUUUUGAAUAAAGAUUAAAGUUAGAGUUCACAUGAUAUAAGUAAGAUCGCAAGGGUACGACUUUGAACUUUCAGUGGACUUAAAGUUGUCUUUGCACAGAAUUGUUAUGGAAGUAAUAACCGUACUGGACAAGUGACUGUUAAACGAGUGUUUCAAUAGUUUGAGUUUGCGAGACGUGUUGUACUGCGUAAAUUUAACCAAUCGACAUUGCUCUAACAUUUUGUUACAAUUGCUCUUUCAAUUCGAAAUAAGUAUUCCAAAAACAUACAUCGUCAUUCACUAAAGAAUAUAGCGAUUUAUUUAGCGCUAUUUCAUGUAACAUCGAUCUAACAUAAAACUAUGAACAUUGAAGACAUUAUAUAGUUGUAUUAUCGUCCGGCUUAGUUUGAUUGUAUCACGUACAAUGUUAAAUCAAUCGCUUCAUACCAAAUUUGUUGAAGACAUUUGAAAAAUCGUCCAACGAAAUGGAAAGAGAUGCCCCCCAUAAGCUACAGACCUACGGAAAGUCAGUUGUGUUGUUUGCUACAGCACUAUGACGAAUGCUGGAUAUACGCUUAACUACUCGGCUAAAUAACUAACUGCAUGACUUGAGACCUAGACUUUUACCCUAUACGUACAAAUGUACACUUUGUACUCAUACGACAAAACUGCUUUGCAAUCGUUUGCAUAUAAAGACUAUAAACUAUCGAUAAUUCUGCAUCUUAACACGAAACUGAAAAGCCUACAAGCGCCUAAACCUCCCAAAUUUGUGUGAAGAAGCAGACCUCAAGUGCCCUUCAAUCGAAUGUAACAGAUUUCUCGUAAAUUUGCGACAUCCUCAAAAAGCACUUGAACGUGUUAAAACCGGACGAGGAUUAAAACGCGAGCAAUAAAGGAAGUCAGCGAUGAGGCGAUAAUGAUAAUCGCUUUAUGUUGCUUUUCUUUCACAAGCGCGAAUGAAUAUGGCUUGAUAUAUAAACAUACAAUUAAGAAAAACAAUCAGUGAAAUCUAAGCCGGCUUUUGUGUGCGCGGAUUUAUACACCGGACUGUCCCAAUGUGAUUUGUAAGGACGCUCGUACAAAGUUCUGCGAGAUUUUCGACUUAAAUAUCUUGAAUCAGUUUCGUUGCCUUAUAUAUUAGAUCACUUCAUAUUUACUUUUAUAUACGCAGUUAUUGAGAAAUUGGUAUAUUCAUUACAUCACUACAUGUGUGUUAAAUAAUAUGAGCAUUAAAUUAAUCGCCUUUAAUAAUAUUUGGAAAAAUACAUAUAACAUCUGAAGCUUUUCAACGAAAACAAUAUUUUAGAAAAGAAUAAAAUGAAUCUUAAGCCUGAACGUCAUAGAGUUACAACAAAUUUUACAAGAGUCACACGACGGCACAGUUUUUCACUGAAUUACAAAUUACAGGCAAACUAUUUUUGACCAUGUUUUACCUAUACUCCUAUAGAUAUCACAAUAGUGUACUAAAAAACGCGCAAAACUAACGUUCUGUCAGUAUAUAUAAGGGGGCAACAGUCAGUAAUAAUACGGGUUAAGUUUAAUAAGGGGUUUUUAGUUUUUAGUUAAAGUUAAACAACACCCAUUGGCCAAACAACAUAAUCAAUAACUCAGUAUGAGAAAUCGACUUCAGGUUCAACAUAUAUACAUUGUUAAAACUAAAAAGCAUGCACCUUUUUAAGGCAAGGAAUUGCUGCUUGAUAGUAAGCCCUAGAUUCUUAAAUGGUCUGUGUAUAUUUAAACAUGUUAGUGAUUUCCAAUGCACAUUGCGCGCGUUGAUAUGUCUCAUCGGUACAUUGUUAAUUAGAUUGUCUACGAAGCGAUACGAUCAGUUUUCGGCGCGAUAACGGGCAAACGAGAUGCGAAUUUUGAACGAUAAGACAUAUUUGAUGAAAGUCGGAACGAGUCAAUGAAAUGUCGGAUGGAUUAUUGUGGCAAACGGAUCGGCGUACGCGUUCAAUCACUUCCUUAGCGCGCUGAAUUGGGUUAUUGAAAUAAUUUAAUAAGUCAUCCGCGAUGCCGGAUAGAAUUGUCGGCUAUAGUUAACUUUUCUGGCGUAGAACCCCAAGUUCUUAUCCUCAUUACAGCUGGGCCUAUUAAAAAGUUAAUAUUCCAACGUAAAGUGCCAAAGUUUAACAUUGAUAGCAAUUUACCAAAUGAUUUCACUUAUUUUGCACGUUGCAAAAACGACAGUCACCGCGCGCUCCGCUAUAGGCAAGGAUCUGGUUGUGUACGAGGGUAAUGUUUAGCACAGGAAGGUUAGGAUGCCCGAUGUAGGAAAAUAUUGAACGAUAAAACAUACGUUUAUUAGACUGCUUUAUAUAUAAUACAGUCGUUAUAUCUUGAACUGGGCGUGGUUUUGCCCAGUCGUAACAGUGAACCCUUACUGGGCCUCUAGCUGAGGAGAACAGUUUAGAAGCUAUCCAGUAUAAAUAAAGUUAAACCUUAGUUUACUGUAUAAAACAAAAAAGGAAUUGAUAUCUUUGUGCUAAACAAGAGAGUUAGCGGUGAUUUUUAAUUGUUUAACCUUGUAAUUAUUUUAGUUGAAUGAAAAACGACAAAGUUUAAUUAAGUUGGAUUGUGACAGAUAUACGCCGCUAUAUAUACACACACAAUUUAAACAUUUACCGGGUGAAAUUGAAAAAUUUAUAUAUCUGCGCGAUUGAGUGCGCAAAAAUUUAAUUAUUAAUGCAAAUAAAUCUCAACAAAACCUUAUCCGAUAUAUCACUUUGAAAAAUUAAUUUGAAGAUGGGAAUUUGUUUUAGUUGUGCAUGGGAAAGAAAGUUAAACAACAAAAGUUAGGUCAAGUUUUGAGACCGUUAAAAGACCAGCUUAAAAUCUCAGAGUCUAUUUAAUUCAGUGUAUACCUACUGUUUAUACGUUAUAAUGGAUGAUUUUUCUAAGCAAUAAUCUAAUACGGUGCAUGUUAAUUUUGUAUGCAAAACAAUAAAGUUUCUUUUUCAAUAAAACGCAGAUUGACAACACACAGAAGUGCAACCGUAUAUGAUAAAUUAUAUAUAUAUGAUUAAAACCAUGAACCCUCGCUGUAUAACAACGCAAAUUACAAAGGAUUUUACUAUGGAUCGUUUGGACGUGCUGACGGUGUAAUCAACAUGCUCUUGAGCUGUGAGAUAAGAUUCACACACAUGAUUAGUCUGAUGACGGAGCAAUCAUAUAUUACGACUUGUUCAAAACAAGACGGCUAUAAAAUUUUAUUAAUAGAAAAACAAGUUGAUUAGAUGAACACCUUUUAACUAAUGCCAUAUUUCAUUGUAAUGCUCCAUUGACUUUGUGGUGAUUAAUAUAUGAAAUAUCCUUACGUGUAUAUUACACAAAUUGAAAAAUAACUGAAGUUUAUCGAGUGGUGUUCCCUCAAGGACCAAUACUUGGAACACUUGUCUCAUUUCUUUAUAUAAAUGACAUUGAAAAUUGCAAUCGAACUACUUUUCGAUUUUUCUAUCUGCUGACGUCGCUAACAUGUUUUACACUCGUUCCUGCCUUAAAACAUUCACAACGAUUCAAACAAUGCAUGCUUUCUUACAAGCAGAAACAAUUGAUCAAUGUUAAGUCCAAGACCAGUGUCUAACUAUAGGGUGUGAUGCAGUUUAUAAUUACAUUGUAAAUUGAUAAAAAUCUAUGUUCGGACCUCGCCACUCAAUUAAUGUUAUCGCAAUCUAGAUUCAUAAACAUAUUUCGGAACACUAUAAAGAAACCUACGCAAAUCCGUAAAGUCCCAAUUCCUAACUAUAGUUGUCCCUUUUCACUGAACUUAAAAAUUUAAUUAGUACUAGACUAUACCAAUGAUCAAUGUAAUUGUUCUGAGAGUAUUUUAUACUUAGGUUGAACGCAAAUGGAAUGACGCAUUUUCUAAAGGGAGGCUAAGCAGAUAAGAUAGAGAGUUAAAGGGAGACUAAAGGGGGAUGUGUAAGGCGUCGGCCUCUUUGAACACAAUCAGUAUACAGACUCCUGCCACAGUUAUCAUAAAUCGUUUAUGUUUCCAUUUCUAUUUGUGUAUUAAAAAUUGUCUUUGACAAUAAUCUGUGACUAAACAACAUUGCACACUGCUUCUCGAGGGUGUUUAUAGCUAUUUGCUUAUAAAUGCAUGCAAGUGGUACAUAUAGAGACUAUAUAUAAGAUGGCGAUGUGCAUAGAUCUGCUGAUGGUGGGAUGAAAGGGAAUAGAGUGAGGCGUCGGUCCCUUUGAACAUAACUGAGUAGAGACUCAUUCGAGUCUAUUAUGAUUAUAGAAUUAUACUGCGGUUGUAAACAACAUAAUCACAAAUUACACUAUCUACUUUUAUCAGGAAAUGCCAUUGUGAAACACGUAGUAGAAGAUAUCGUUUCCACAUGCUUUGCUGGUUUUGUUCGAAACACAAGUACUUAAUAAAGUGGUCAGUGUCAUGCAUGGUAAUUUAACACAAAGUCUCUCAUACUUCAUUCCAGAACUAUACAAACUUCAAAAUACACAUCGUUUUCAACUUCAAUGUCCAUGAACAAUAUGCAUGUCUGAACAAUUCUAAAACACAAGCAUAUCUAACAGCCAUGAACGCCCACAGAAGAACACGCAAAGCAAAGUUUUCUUACAAAUUGAGAUAUAGUUGGAUUCUUGCUGCUAACAGUAUAGUUAUUUUUAGGUUUCACAUAAGGAUUUUGUAUCAGGUUUUUAUGUGAAAUCACAGCUCCUGGCUAAACUUCAGCACAAGAAAAAAACUCACACUACACUUCCUGUCCUAUAAGUUCAUAAGUUCCAAUAUCAUACGUUCGGUUGUCAAUCGACAGUCUGCUCAGUGAGCUCGCUUAUUGCGUUAUCAUGCCUAUCAAUUACAAAAGGAAAGGUUAAUACCGCGCAUCACUAUACUCCAAACCUCAACGCCUGUUAAAUAUGCAAUUCCAAGCAUAUAUGAAACGAACGUAGCUACUUCUACAAGCGGGAUCCUGUUACUGCAACAAGUAGCAGUUAACCAGAGUUAAUGUUGUUGCUUUGUUGAUCUUAAAAAAUUGCAUGUGCUCAAUAAAUUUUUACACGGAAAUGUUAAAUGGUGAUUAUUAUCAUUCACAGCACGCUACCACGAGCCUAAAUGACCCUCUCACCAAAAGACAAAACAAGUCUCUUAUGCAUUGUAAGAUUAUGUAUAUCCAGGAAUGUCUCAGGCGAACUUAGCCUUUUUCAGUACACAGUAUACAGUAUACACUGAUUCACAAGAAGCGUGUUGUACUGCGGCGGCCUGUAAAUAUAUGGAAUAUCGAUCUUGAGAUGACAAGAUGAUAAGCGCACUUAAUGUUGAUAUUGUGCGCUCAUUGAGAUAAGAGCUAACUAUCAUUACAUUAGCGCGUUUAUAAUUGAGCGACAAUUGACUGCAUUCUAAAGUUUUCUAAAGUAUUCUACAUCAGUCAUGUGAGAAGAGUGCUGCUAUCAAAUAGCAGAUGGUGUUCUCCAGGUACUCCGCGGUUUCCUCCAGUAGUAGCACUGGAUCAAUAAGGGAUGAUCCUACUCCACUCCUAGAGAGAACAGUUUAGAACUAAUAAGCUAUUCAGGCUAAAUAAAGUUAGUUUAAUUUAGUUUUAGAAAAAGUCAGCAUCAACCGGUACAUGUUUAAACUUCAACGAUUUAUGGCAUUAGCCGACCUAGCUAUGAAAACUAAUAAAGACGAACUGAAAGAGCUAUCUAGUAUAAAUACAGUUGGUUUAGGUUCAGCCACAAAACGUUGCCUUAAAAGGCACUGCGACUUUCAAAACACACCAUUUAUGGUGGACGAUGUUUUUCAAACUAACCCUCAUAUUGGCAUAGCUUUUAGCACAUUACGGAGCCGAAAAGGAAAGAAAAACACUCUAUCUCUGCAUUAUUUACAAAGGCUAAUGACUUCACGAAGGACUGUCAUUGCCGGAAUGAUAAAUUACAAAUUCAUAUGUUUUUGUUUCAAAACAUUGAGUCUUUACACGUAAAUAGGGACGCCUUGCAAGCGUCUCUGUCGUCGCUGACGAGAAAAUUCAAUUAUGCAGGGGAUAGGUUGAGACCCGCACGAAAUUACCCAUGAAGCAGAUUGCAAGGUUCCAUAUAAUUAUAACUAAUAAAACGCAUUUCACUCGACAGAGUUUAUGGUUAUAGCUAUAUGUGAACAUGGAGGUGGUUAACCCAAUAUCCUUGUAACGCAGAGUAUACAAUUAAUAGGAUUGAGCCAGAUGGUAAAAAAAUUUGCAAUAACGUGAAAAGAUGGUAUAGAAGAGUUCAGUAUAUAUUCGGCAAAACGAAUUUUUGUUCUGACCCAAUCAAUGGCUGGUGCACUUUUCUGUACCUCCUUGAAUAUCUUCCUCAAUUCCUAGAAUAUCUCGUUCUGGACUAAUUGGAUCUAUAGCUAGAGACUUUACUUGCUUGACCUCAAGAGGUAUACUGAGAAUAGUUUAGCCUGAUUGUUAUAGUGUAAUUGAUAUUUCAGAAUGAAUCAUGUGCCAUUUAUAUAAAUAUUAAACUUCACAACAUUUGCUACAAAUUAAACCAUCAAAUUAAAUAAAGUUGUACCAAUGUGUGUGACGUCAUGGAAUGGAAAAUUUUUGCAACAUUAAUCAAAACUCCGUGAUAAAUGUAACACUAGUCAUCAGAAAAUUAACUGGAUUAGUCGAAUGACAAAUGUUCCCUCAGCUAUUGUAAAAAAAUUCUAAGCCAUUGAUGCAUAAUCCAACACACAGACAGUUAGGCUGAUAUCGUGACGUUUUGAGAAAUCCCCAUGUGUUUGCACUAGUGACUGCCUAAUCUUUUGUAAAACAGGCAUAAUGCAAUUCACAAAUGGAUCUAAACUGUCUCUUAAUAUAUAAACAGAAGGCUAAACCACCCAAAGCGUUGAUGCUUUUACAAGUAUAAUAAAUCAAUCAUACUCACUAACUGUCUCGCAUGCAUGCACCAAGACACGUUGCUUAUAGCGGAGUACAAGCAAUAAAUUUAAUAUGAAAAUACAAAUGAGUGUAGUAUGCGGAAGUAUACAAGGAUACAACUUAAAAAAUACAAGCAGAACUUCGGGAAGUAACCCUAACCCGUCUGCUUAUAUUUUUCAGGUAGUUGUAUCCCUUUCAAUCCAUAGCUGUCCUGUCAUCGUCACUAUACCCGUAUACUACCACAGACCGCUCUAACUUAUAUAGGACUUUUAGGAACCGCUAUCUUGUCCCGUUACGAAGUCGCUAACAGCGACUACAAGCAUCUUAAAAUCUGUUUACACUUGGCAUUUUUCCUGCGAUUUCUAGUGCGAUUCUCGUCUUCUGAUGCAUGUUAACAAGUAGAUGAGAGUAUGAAUGUUCCGAGUAUAUGUACACUCAUCUCAGCAUUCAUGACUCUUCCACUCGUUCACAUCCAGCAGAAGAAGAAUAUCGCACCUAAAAUCGCAGAAAAAAUUGCAAGUGUAAACCGGCGUUUAUGAGGGUGGGCUGUGGGGUCAAAUGGUCCCCUAUACUCAUGUAUGCACACUAAGGUUAGCCCUCUUAUCACAUGAGACUGAAGCAAAGUUAUAAUCAGAUAACUGUAUUUUGCAUACCAAAAUCAGAGGUCAUGCAUGUUCACAAAUUCUUGGGCUAUAGCUCAAUCCUUAAUUUGCCCAACAGCUCAUGCUGUGCAAAUUUUGAAUGAUUUACAUUAUUCAAACCGUUAGAAAUGUUACUUUUUGUAUGUGUUGGUGUUAUGUACUCAGGUGAAUAUGAUGUUUGUGGUGUUACUCUGAGUGUGCAUCCACACCGGGCAAGCUGAAAAGUUUGCUUGGCCACGGUGGGAACUAGUGCACCAAAGGUCGCGAUUCCCACCGUGGUCAGGUAAACUUUUCAGCUUGCCCGGUGUGGAUGCACACUCAGAGUAACACCACAAACAUCUUUAGAAAUGUAUUGUCUUGAUGCAGGCUUAUUAGCAUAGCAUGACCAGUUGCCAUGCUUCACCACUCUUAUAGUAAACACAUCUUCAGUUUCGAAACUAGAUUAUGAGAUAAUGUGAAAAAAGAUAUUUUACAACGCACGCCAGUUGUCAGUCUGCCUGAGAAUCUGAGAUAUAGCCAAGCAACACAAAGCAAUUAGCAAAAUAAUACAUCAUGCACUGGACAAGAACUUCAAGCCGACGUGAGUGCUUAAUCGUGCUAUAACAAUCCAAGUUGUUUUCACACGGAAAUUGAAUGCAAACAUUUUCAUAUCAUGAUGUUAAUCUUUUUGAAUAAACUUCGUCGAUGUCGUUUUGUGAUAUAUUAGUUUUCCUAGAGUUAUUUGUAUUUCGUCUGCACUCAAGGAGGGUGGGGACAUAUAGCAGAAAUAGAAUAUACGAGAAAAUGUGUUUGCCAAAGAUGGCCUUGUUUUGGAUUUAAUGAUUUGAUACAAAAGACAUAUAGCCAUAUAAUGUUAAGACUGGUGAGGGGGGGGGGGGGCAGUUGCAUGCGAACCAUCACCACCAGAGAAUAUCAGCACCCCAGGUUCGAAAGUAUCACAGCCCAUGAUUUAUGGUACCUUUGUUACAGUUUCCAGCGGUGCAAAUUAAUGGACUUUGGUGGCAAAGCGAUUGCAUGCACCAUGCAAACAGUUUUUGAUCUACUUUUCCCUCAGUUUCAUGCGAGAAGAAUGCUUUCAGUUCUGUGUAGAUCCGCCCAUAAAAGUUAACCUUGAAUGUUAUUCUUGAACAAUAUGACAAUUAAAUGCCAUCACAUGUGAUAUAUUAUUAUAAAGCAAUGAUCUUUCAAACUUGUAAAUGCAUGUGGUCUAUUAUUCAUAUAAAUAAAUUGGCUGAUUAAGGUUUUAACAUUUAAAUCCUAACAAAUCCUUCACUAGAGAUUUCCCAUGAGAACUAAAAGUACAUAUAUAUGCGUGGGGUUGCACUUCCUUAACUUAAGUUGUCAUCCACUUGGAUUAUUUCGAUUAACUUUUAAUUCAAGGAAUGAGUUUGUUAAGUCAUAAUAAUUGAUAGAGUAAAAUUUGAUGUCAGUAUUUCUACAAGAAUUCUUCCGGGUCGACUCUGCCAAACAGGUUUUCUCCAGGUAACAAGAGCAGGCUCUUAUUAGAUCUCCAGGAAAACAGUGCAGAACUGAUAGAGCUAUCCAGUACAAAUAAAUUGGGUUUAGUUUAGGUUUCCUCCUAUCUGCUAUAGUAACACUGGAGUAAUAAGCGAUGCGUUUCACAGUACCUUUAGGGAGAACAGUUUAAAAUUGACACAGCUAUCUAGUAUAAAUAAGGUUAAUCAAAUUCGAUUUAGUUUUUAAUUUCUUACCCUCAAAAUUCUCUUCCAGAAUCUAGCAAAAGGCGACCGAAGCAAAAACGUAAACCAGGCCGCAAUCCCAGAGUGCCUUUCACGCCGAAGCAACUGACAACCCUAGAGAAUAAAUUUCAAACAAUGAAAUAUUUAACAAACGAUGACGUCAGAGCUUUGUGUAGUGAACUGUCCCUGCCGGAGAGUAAGAUUAAAAUUUGGUUUCAAAACCGCAGAGCGCGGGAAAAGAGAAAAUCAUCACAAACUGAAGAAUACAUUGAUGUGACGACAGUUGACAGCGAAUGUAACAGCAGUUAGAGACCCCAUGCUCUCAGUAAAACAACAAAAAUGUACGUCACAGUGGUACAGCAUCCUUUACGGCCUUCUCCGCAGCCGUUUUAAAGGAAUUUCUCUGCCUAAUAGCAUCCCUCCGAAAGAGAUUUGCAGACGGAGAUGAACUCAUUGUAUAUAAAUAAAUAGAAAGUAAAAAUUGGAUGUAUGAAACGAAAUGUGUGGCUCUAUGAGCAAAAAUGAUUUUCUUCAAGACCUAAAAUGAUUUGACACGAGCUUGUGAAAAAAAGUCAUGUAAUAAACCGAUUCGAAACUAGCUGUCAUCACUUCGCACUAUUUUAUAUUUUAUAACCAUUACCAGGCUAACUGAAAACAAUGUUUUCAACAGAGACUGUUUAUUAAAAAAGAGUGCAAAAGUUUAAGAUUGAGAACAAGGCAAGCGAAAUUGUAGCCCUUUGAAAUGUGCAAAAAGCAUCGAAACAGGGCUAGUCAAGCUUCUUUUCUAAAUCUAGCAUAAACUGCGGUAUUAACAUUUAAACUCUCAAAGAGAAUAGAGCGUUUGCACUCAUUCCCUAGGGACCAACUCAACAAAAGCCAUGGCGGCCAUGUUGGUGUUCCAGACAAAAGAGUCUAAUUAAAAUUCUUUUGAAUUGAAACACCAACAUGGCGGCUGUGACGUCAUGUGCAAAUGUUUUAUACAUAGUACAUUAUAUUUAUAUUUUGUGAAACAGUACGUCUUGAAGUAUUCUAUAAGGCGGCAGUGACUACCUUGGUUGAAAUUAAUUUCGGAAGAAAAAUGAUGGCAACUACUUUUCGAGACGGUGUAUAAUGUAGGAGAAGUAAAGAAGAAACUCUAACCAUGAGAACGUAUAGUUGAUUAAAAAAAACGUUUAGUGACAUGUAGAAUGCGUGUAAUUUAAAUUAAUAACACAUAAAACUAUGUACAUAUGUAGAAAGUUGUAAAAACAACAUUUUUUUCUGUGAAUUGCGUUUGAAUUGCUUUUCUUUGUGGUCUUUGCAAGAAUAUCGAAUAGAAGAAAUUUAAAACACCGAAAACCGCAUUGAAAAACAAAGCUAUAACCGAGUUUUCUAACCGAAAUUUGAGGGACAAACUAGGCCCAGUCCUCUUUGCACACGCUUUAUUUUUCCGUGACGCAUCCUCGUCCCCAUGCCUACGCUCUUAGAACGAGGAUGCGCAUAACGGAACUGCAUGUAUGGCGGAGUAGACAUCGAGGCUUGGGUACAAAUGUAGUCAAUUUUAACAUUCAUAAAUUAUUCAACUGCCGUCGGCGUGGUUUGUUAUAAUGUACAUCCCACUGCCAAAUUUUUAAUAAAACUCAUUUAUUCCUAUUUGUUCAAAUUACGUGUUAUAACUUUAUGAAUGUGGACGUGGUUAUUAAAACGGUCCUAACCGGCAAACAGUGUUUACUUAACAUAUUGAGAAAAAGCCAUAUUUAAUGAAAUCAGUAAUGAAUACAUUUAAACAAAAUUUC